AUGAAGGGAAAAACCGGCGCGAAGGGUGGAAAGGUCACGAACAAGUACACGAUCAACUGCUCGCAACCGGUCUCCGAUAAGAUCUUUGACCUCUCCGCCUUUGAAAAGUUCCUGCACGAGCGCAUCAAGGUCGAAGGCCGCACGGGAAACCUGGGCGAUAACGUGGCAAUCAGCCAGGUCGGCGAUGGCAAGAUUGAGGUCGUCACCCACAUUCCUUUCUCCGGCCGCUACUUGAAAUACCUGACCAAGAAGUUCCUUAAGAAGCAACAACUCCGCGACUGGCUACGUGUGGUCUCGACAUCCAGGGCCGUCUACGAGUUGCGCUUCUUCAACGUUGUCAAUGACGAGGGCGAUGAGGACGAGGAUUAA